AUGUCGUACUUCAUGACCCAUCUGCAUUCCGGCUGGCACGUCGACCAAGCGAUAUUAGUUGAAGAAGAUCGAGUGGUGUGUAUACGGUUUGGACAUGAUUAUGACGAACAAUGUAUGGCUUUAGAUGAAACGCUUUAUGGUGUAUCUGAAAAAGUGCAAAAUUUCGCUGUGGUCUAUCUGGUGGAUAUAACGGAAGUUCCUGACUUCAAUAAGAUGUACGAAUUGUACGAUAAUUGCUCGUUAAUGUUUUUCUAUCGAAAUAAACAUAUCAUGAUAGAUUUGGGAACUGGUGAUAACAACAAAAUAAAUUGGGCUAUAACUGAUAAGCAAGAGAUGAUCGACAUUGUAGAAACUGUUUAUAGGGGUGCAUCAAAAGGUCGUGGUCUGGUGGUGGCUCCAAAAGAUUAUUCCACUCGACACAAGCAUUGA